CUCAUUGCAAAGCCCGUGAAAAGAAGCCCACAAAAUGGAGAGGGGAAGAAGAAGAACGAGGAAGUGAAGUGUCUGAAGGUCCUCAAGAUAAAUAGGGCUUACAGCAACCAUGGGCUUCCUAAGGGAUCUGAGAAGGAGGAAGUCCAUCUAGACAGUGGGUUGUACUGGAUGCACACCUAGAGACAAAUGGAAAGCAUAACACAGCUCAGGAGAAGCCCAGAAAUGAAUAUCAGAAAGUCAACAGAAACCGGAUAAAGUGUGACACAUUUGACACAAAAGUGACAUUGAUUCUCCUCUUCAGUGUGGAUUCCCAGAGCGACUGAAGGAUGGGAAUCAGAAAUCAGCCUAAAAGAUGACUUGACUUAAGAAAUCUGGGGCUAUUGGCUUUUAUUGUUUAAUUGGAAACCUCAUUUUGAGUGGAAGAAGUAACCUGAUUUUUAGGUAAAUCUAUUCAAUUGUGGAGAAAAAAAAUAAGGACUUGUUUGUGUUUGGAGGGAAGGCUACUACUGGUUGUUUCAUGUCGACUUUGAAGAGGACCCUUGAAUUGCAGAAGCAGGUACUGCCAGAUUGCAUCUUUGGUCACACCUUCUGAGUUAUUUCUUAAUGUCUCCUGAGGCUGGUUAUCCGUGAACUGCGUCAUUGCUCAGACGUGGAUCCCUGUGGUCUGUCUGUGUUUGCGAUGGAAUUGACAAAAAUUUGUCGAUUGAGCCUUCUGUACAGACACUAUGCUAAAUGUUGGGUGUACAAAAUAUGGACAAACAGUCUCGAUGUCAUGGAGCCCACACUCUAGAAGCAGUUGAAUACAUAGAGUGUUUCCCCUUUUUGGCUUCUGUUUGUCUUCUAAUUUACUUCUCUACAUUCAAAAGUUCAGAUACUUGUUUGGAGAUGUAUUGAGUAUGAAUUAACUUCUUUUGGUACAAGCCCACUUCUUUUCUGGAGUGAACACAAUGAUACCUUUUAUGACAUCUGAUGGCUUCUGCGGUCAAUAAAACCUAUCUAAUAGGAUGGUUAAUGUUUGACUGAAGUCUGAAAGGAGAGGCUGGGGAAGCAGAACAGUGCGGAGGGAGUGUUCUCCAGGGAGAUUCUCAAGCCCCAGCAAGAGUCUCAACAGCUGAAUGGAAGAAAAUAACUUUUAACGGCCAUUUUGUUAUUUACUUACAGAAAGAAGUUUCAAUACAGAAAACCACAAUGAUGCGAGCCCAACUCCAUUGCUUGUGUCUCCUUACACUUUAUUUGACGGCUGGAUACGGCCAGGAGAGGAAGUUUAGUGGACCCCUGAAACCCAUGACAUUUUCUAUUUUUGAAGGCCAAGAACCAAGUCAAGUCAUAUUCCAGUUUAAGGCCAAUCCUCCUGCUGUGACUUUCAAACUAACUGGAGAGACAGAUGGCAUAUUUCAGAUACAACCAGAUGGACUUUUGUAUCAUAACAAAGCCCUGGAUAGAGAAACAAGAGCUGUUCACAAACUCCAGGUCUCCACCCUGGAUGCUUAUGGAGCCACAGUGGAGGGCCCAGUUCCCAUCACCAUAGAAGUGAAGGACAUCAAUGACAAUCGACCCACGUUUCUCCAGCCAAACUAUGAAGGCUCAGUAAGACAGAAUUCUCGUCCAGGAAAACCCUUCAUGUAUGUCAAUGCUACAGACCUGGAUGACCCAGCUACUCCCAAUGGUCAGCUUAUUUAUGAAAUUAUCAUCCAGCUUCCCAAGAUCAAUGAUGUCAUGUACUUUCAGAUCAACAACAAAACAGGGGCAAUUUCCCUUACCCUAGAAGGAUCUCGGGAAUUGGAUCCCAUUAAGAAUCCUUCCUACAGACUGGUGGUCUCAGUGAAGGACAUGGGAGGCCAGAAUGAUCAUUCCUUCAGUGACAGCACAUCUGUGAACAUUAUGGUGAAGGAGAAUAUUUGGAAAGCACCAGAGCCUGUGGAGAUUGUAGAAAACUCAACUGAUCCUCACCCCAUCAAAAUCACUCAGGUGCAGUGGAAUGAGCCAGGUGCACAAUACUCCUUAGUUGACAAGGAGAAGCUGUCAACUUUACCGUUUUCAAUUGACCAGGAAGGAGGUAUUUAUGUGACUCAGCCCUUGGACCGUGAAGAAAAGGAUUCGUAUGUUUUUUAUGCCGUGGCAAAGGAUGAGAUUGGGAAACCGCUUGCCUUCCCACUGCAAAUUCGUGUAAAAGUGAAAGACAUUAAUGAUAAUCCACCUACAUGUCCAUCUGCGGUGACCGUAUUUGAGGUCCAGGAGAAUGAAGAUAUAGGUAGCAAUAUUGGGACUUUUAUUGGCCAUGACAUGGAUGAAGAAAAUACUGCCAACAGUGUUUUAGUAUACAAAAUUGUGGAUCAAAUUCCCAAACUUCCCAAGGAAGGACUCUUCCUGGUCCAAACCUACUCGGGAGUGGUCCAGUUGGCUGGGCAGUCCUUGAAGAAGCAAGACACUCCGCAGUACAAUUUGACAAUAGAGGUAUCUGACAAAGAUUUCAAAACCCUCUGUCACGUGGAGAUCAAUGUCAUUGAUAUCAAUGAUCAGAUCCCCAUCUUUGAAAAAUCAGAUUAUGGAAACCUGACUCUUGCUGAAGACACAGCCGUUGGGUCCACCAUCUUGACCAUCCAGGCCACAGACACUGAUGAGCCAUUUACUGGGAGUUCUAAAAUCCUGUAUCGUAUUAUACAGGGAGACAGUGAGGGGCGACUGGGGAUUGACACAGAUCCCCAUACCAACGCUGGAUAUGUCAUAAUUAAAAAGCCUCUUGAUUUUGAAACAGUAGCCGUUCACAACAUUGUGUUCCAAGCGGAGAAUCCUGAGCCUCUGGUGUCUGGUGUAAAUUAUAACACCAGCUCUUCUGCGAAGUUCAAGCUUAUUGUGACAGAUGUGAAUGAAGCACCUCAAUUUUCCCAGCGCAUAUACCAAGAAAAAAUCAGGGAAGAUGUGGCUGUAGGCACUAAAGUGGGCAACGUGACUGCCAAGGAUCCAGAAAAUCUGGACAUAAGUUAUUCUCUGAGAGACAACACAAGAGGCUGGCUUAAAAUUGACCCUGUCACUGGCGAGAUCUUUACCACGGCUCCUCUGGACAGGGAAGCUGAAAGUCUGUAUCGGGUGCAAGUGAUGGCGACCGAAGUAGGCGGCUCCUCCCAGAGCUCCAUAGCCAGUUUCCACCUGACCCUCUUGGAUGUCAACGACAACCCCCCUCGGCUAGCCAAGGAGUACACGGGCUUGUUUCUGUGCCAUCCCCUCCACCAAGAGGGGACUCUCAUUUUUGAGGUCACUGAUGAUGAUCAGUGGUCACUUUCGAGUCCACGCUUUUCAUAUUCCCUCGUCAGUGAAAGCUCACGAAAUGACUGGGAAGUUUCGAGAGUCAACGGAACUCAUGCCAAACUUUCUACCAAGCACACGAACUUUGAAGAGGGACUUUACAGUGUCCCAAUCCGCAUCAAUGAUGGUGGCCGGCCACCGCUGGAAGGGGUAGUCUCUUUACCAGUUACUUUCUGCACAUGUGUGGACGGACAUUGUUUUCAGCCAGCAGGUCACCAGGCUGGGAUGCCCACUGUGGGCAUGGCAGUUGGUAUACUCCUGACCACAUUUUUGGUUAUUGGUGAGUAUAAUUUCUCAGAUUCAAGGAUUCCUGUUCUGGGCCUUAGAAACCUUCACCUCAGGGUCUGUCUUCGGGGCUGGUCUGCUGGCUGCUUACUGCCGUUCUAGACAAACAGCCAGGAA